AAUACACGCUCCUGGGCUGUGCGCGACGGGGCUCAGUAGCCAUUUUGAGGGUGAUGUCGCUGUUGCGAAAGCUUGUGAAGAUGCUGAUAUCAACGAACAUGGUUACAACACUGAUUGUUUCUCCCUCCGUCUCCUCUCUUCUUGCAUCAUGGCAGCUGUCAACCGACGGGACAUUAGCAAAGCGGGGUACCGAGCUGUGCUCACAGAGUUAAAACGUCAUUGAUAUGAAAGAGGAGGGUGUCUGUACACUGUCUCAGUGGAGACGUGAAACACCGUGAGUUUUUUCUUCCUCCAGUCUGAACAUCUUCCAGCAUCUGUCACAACACAACGUCUCAUUGACGGGUUGACUUCAUGCACUCUUGUACGGGACUGAGCAGUCAAGCAGAUUCGCUUUCCAAAUGGCCUCUGUGAGCCUUGUUGCCAGUCUCCCUGCCCCUGUUCUUGACAAAAACAUGACAGACUCUGAGCUGGCAGGGGACGAAAGGGAGGAUGGAGAGUUGGAAGAUGGUGAAAUAGAUGAUGAGGGGAUUGGGAUUGAGGAGGAAAACAAAGAGGCUGCAGAGGUGAAUGAAAACAAAGAGAAGGGAAAAGAGAAAGAGCGAGAAAAAGAAAAAGAUGAAAAGGCCUACAGGCACUCAAGGAAACGGUACAAGAAGACCAAAGAGAAGAGGAGGUCCAAAAGGAGGAGGCGGGACAGACAGAAACGUCACUCGUCUUCAAGCAGCUCCAGUGACAGCUAUGACUCCGACUACGACCGGCCAGAGAGGCCCAAAAACAGGCAAAGUUAUGGACCUGGACGUGAUUCUGACCUGCAUACACGGGAUGCGAAAGGUUCACGUGGCAAUUCACACAAAUCCCCGCCUCACAAAAGCAGUGAUUUUGACAAAUACAGCGACUACAGCAACGACAACUAUGACUAUGAAGACGAAGAGGAUCAUUACGAUGAUGAAAUGUCGGAGUACCCGCAUUCUAAAGAUUCCUCAUCCGGGCUGGGAAGGGGACGCCUGGGAAGGGAGCAGAUAGGGAAGAGGGGGAGCAUGAGGUGCAUGAAACAACCACAAUUCGGGCAGCGAGGGAGAGGCAGAGGGAGCGGACCUGGAAGAGGACGAGGGAUGCUCAAUAAGAACAAGAAGAUGAAGGGAGGAAAACCCUGGGUGGUACGUGGGGGAAGAGGCAGAGGGGGAGAACAGGACAUGGAAGACAUGCCUCCAGAGGUCAAAAAUUCCGGUUUUCAGAAGAAGCGUCUGGUUAUGAGCAAGGAGUUUAUCAGUCAGCACACGGUGGAACACAAUGGAAGAUACAUCUGCAAGUAUUUCCUGGAGGGUCGAUGCAUCAAGGGGGAGCAGUGCAAGUUUGAGCACGAGCUUGUCAUUCCAGAUAAGAAGAAGGAACUUUGCAAGUUCUACCUCCAGGGAUACUGCAGUAAAGGAGACCAUUGCAUUUACAUGCACAAUGAAUAUCCUUGCAAGUUCUUCCACACUGGAGCCAAAUGCUAUCAAGGGGACAACUGUAAAUUUUCACAUGAUGCUCUGACUGAUGUCACCAAAGAGUUGCUCGAUAGGAUCAUUAACACUGAGGAGGAAAACGCCCGUGAGGACGAGUUGGAGCUGGAGGACCUGAGAAAACAAGGCAUUGCUCCACUUCCCAAGCCUCCUCCAGGUGUGGGCUUGCUUCCCACGCCUGGUCAAAAUAGUCCAGAUGGAGCUUCUUGUGAGGCAGGGAAGAAGAUCCCCUCCAUCUUCGAAAUUAAAGUUCAACCUACAGUUGGCUUGGCACAGAUGAUCAGUUUGAAUGAGUCCAACUACUCCCAGGAUCCCAAUGAAGGCAAUGGAGCAUCAGAUGAAACACAAAGUGGCGCUAUGGCUUCUUCUGGACCCGAUGCUUCCUCAGGGUCACCGGGUUCUAUGGGGUACCAAGUAGGAGGACCCAUGAGUGAACAGCCACACCAUGGAUACUCAAUGCAGCCGCCGGUGUUCCAUGGAAACGUCAACAACCCUCAGAUGAACAUGCAGGGGCCUCCCUUCCCUGGAGGACCAGAUCUGCAGAUGCUACAAAGCCUCUUGGCUCUACCGUCACUGGGUCAGAACCCAAUAGAACUCCUUAGUAACUUGCUUCAAAACCAGCCCACAGGUCAACAAGCAGAUCCUGGCAUGACGCUGAUCCAGAACCUCCAGCAGCAGAUCGGCGUGGACGUCCAGCUGCAGUCUUUACCUCCAGCAGUGCAGAAAGCCAUCAUUCUCCACCUGACGCAGCAACAACAAGAGUCAAAGCCGCAGGUGACGGACAGUCAGGACGACAAGAACAGAGAUGACACAAACUGGUACUCGAGUGACGACGAGGACGGGAGUAGUGUAUCCUCCAUCCUAAAAUGUCUGAAGAUGCAGCAGUCCAAGACCACAACACCUGUAUCUGCAGCACCCUCGGGUGACCCUCGUCUUGUUAAGGAGCGAACUCAGCCAAGUGACCCGCGGGUGAAAGCGGACCCACGGCAGCGACCCACUGACGUGAAGAAUCAGUGUGACGCAAGUUUGGAUCCACGACUCUCUCGGGACCCCAGGAAGCAGAGAGCCAUGGAGUCGAGCUCCUCCCGUCCAAAGAACCACCCUGUUGCCAAAAAACAGCCCACUGGAGACGAAGACGAGGAAGGGGAGCGAGAACUCCGAGACAGAGCCGCCCUCAUACCAUUGGAAGCCAGUUCAGGUGUGGUGCUGCGGGACCCUCGGUGCCAGCUGAAGCAGUUCAGCCACAUCCGGGUGGACAUUUUGCUUCAGCGCCCUACCUUCGCCCAAACUGUAGUCUGGGCUCCUGAGGACCUGAUCCCGUGUCUGGUUCCCAAACAAGAGCACUCCAUUAAUUUGCCACUGCCACCGCUGAUCGCGGAUGCUCAGAUGAACAGAAGUCUACCCGAGCACCCGCCCGCCUCCAGCCCGCCGCCCACUGACCCCCGACUGGCAGCCGCUCGAUUGAAGGAGCGUCUGACUCGACUGCCAUCUGGGUCUUCAGCGGACAGACCCUUAGAUCCACGUCAACAAAAGAAUUUAGACCCCAGACUCAAGCGUACAGGAAGUCUGGAAUCCAAGCUAAUUGGUCAGAAGGAGCCCUCCGUUGUGGACCCCAGGUUGCAAAAGACAGGUGCUGGAUCCUCCAUCUCUGAGAAGCUUCCACCGUAUGCGCCUCGACUGGCAUCGUCUGGGGGCGUCCUUGAAAGCCCCACCACAAUCCUGGGGGGUAUCAGUCUGUACGACCCCCGGAGUCAAACGGUUCAAAAGGAUCAGGUAGACCCUCCGAAGAAAGCGGGCAUUUUGAAAAACACGAUUAAGAACAACACUCCUCCAGUGCAACCGAUCGCCUCAAGUCAACGCCGCGCCUCUUUGGACGAGACAAAAAGCGCAGACUCAGCCUCUGAUCCUUCUCAGCAAGCGAGCCCAGCCCCGGUUUCAUCGGACUCGGCUGUCACACCCCCUGCUGUGCAUAACCUACCCAUCCAGGCUCUGGCGGGCCUGAUCCGACCCCAGUACACGGACCCUAGGCAGGCCAAGUUAACAGGACUUGGAUCUGCUGGGGCACAAGAGGAGGCGGAGGAGAAAGAAGUGCGUAUGAAGGAACCUACCCAAGAAGACAAAGAGGAGGUCGAGGACAGGACUCUCAAAGCUGUAUUCAAGACCUUUGACCCCACAGCUUCUCCUUUCUGUCAGUGAACUGCGUUUUUUUUUAUCAGUGAGACAUGUCAGUCAUGAGUAAGCUCUCUCUCUCUCUCUCUCUCUCUCUCUCUCUCUUUAUAUAUAUAUAUAUAUAUGUUUAUUUGUAUACAUUCAUAAUAUUUCAAAGCGAUCAUGGUCAAGAUGGUUUAAGUCAGCAUGUGUAUCUAAAAAAAACAUGACUUCAUACCCAAUACUAACUAUAAGUGGUCCUCGCUUUAUGACAUUUUGUGGUUAAUUGAUUACCAAUAACUAGUUCUGUGCGUGCGGCGGAAGAAUACGCACAUGGAGUAAUACAUAGACAUCACUCUUGUCCUGUUUAGUUCACUUUUUAACCUUACCCUCCAUUAUGUCUACCAAGCGUGAGGCAGACUCUUCUAUUGGCAGCACGUGAAAAACUAAACAAAGUGAAAUGAGUUACUGUGAAGCGAAUUAAUGAAAAAGCUGAGUGGAGAAGUGGAAAAAUCCACAUCCAAGCUGCUCAAAAGGUGUGACUUAAGGAUCUUUUCAUUUGAAAUAGACAGUGAUUUCUAAGCAGCAUUAUUGAGACUUGUCCUCCUAAUGAGCUUGGCUCUCCCUUCCUCGCAGCACCGCUUUUGUAUUACUGUUUAUUCUUGUAUCUGAAUGUUUUAUUGUUGAAUUGUCUUCCAUGUGUUCUGAGUGACUUGAGUAUUAGGUCAAAUUUUCAUCAGUCGCGGGAAGUCGCUCGUAACCCGGGGACCACUUGGCAUGAGCCACAUUUUGAAUGAGGUCAUUUUAGAUUUUUUUACAGGUAGGUUAGAUGAAACAUUUUCUACUUCCAUGUUUUCUCACUGUUUAAUAUAAAGUCUUGAUGCUUGUGUUCACUUUUAUGAAGAGAUUUUUAACCAUAAAUGGAUUUCUUAUGUCUUUUUAAUUCAAGUUCUGCCUCAUUACAGUCAAACACAAUUUCAUCAGCAAAAUAUUAUUUUUUUAUGUUUAUAUUUCUGCUUACAGUGUGCGUCAUUUUAAAAUGUGUAAAUUAUGGAGUCUUCUAUCAAAAAUGGCGUCCACGCUCCAUGGCUGUUUAAUAACACUCCAUUAUAGACUAUUUUCUAGUGACAAGCUUGUAAAUUAUACUAAAUAUUAAAUGUUUUUACUUUCAUAUUUUCUGCCUGAAAAUAAUUACAAGUGACAUGUGACUAAUUUACACAUAAGCCAUAUUAGUACUUCUUGAUGGAUUUUUUUUGUUUGUGUCUUCAAAAUGUAAAUGCAUUUUUUUUAAACGACGUGUUUUCAUUGAUAAUCAUGUUAUUCGUCAGUGCACUGCAGCAUUUUAAUUGACUGUACAUAUCUUAAUAGAUAAUAAAUGUAAUACCACAAUCCUACAUAACAUUUAGUGCUGUGUUGGAAUUGAUCUCACAUGGCAGUCAGCUAUGUGAACCACUACACUACUAAAAUCUACAACCACAUAGUUUGUACUAUUUUCUUUUUUACAUGAUGUUUGUACUUUUCUAUUUGCUCUCUUUAUGUUCUAUGUGCACUUGUCAGAGGUAGUCAUUACUUUUUGGAAACAAUAAAGAGCACCUUUCCCUUGAA